CUUAGUGCGGUCAUCACCACACCACGAACACCCCACGACAAGAAAGCGAGAAAAGGUAGUCACCGGAAAGCAGCUGCGACCACAACCACCACCACCGCCCGCGCCGCCCUCAUGGCCGAUCCCUCCGACGAAGCUCCCCCCGCCGCCAAGAAACCCUUCUCCCUCCCCCGAUCCUUCACCUACCAUCACCACCCGGGCCGUCCCUCGAUCGCGAAGCCCCCCUCGAGCCGCUUCGCCGCCGACGGCCCGGACAAGCGCCCCAAGGUCGUCCUCUACAGUACCUCGCUCCGUGGCGUCCGUCGCACCUUCGACGAUUGCCGCUCCGUCCGCGCUAUCCUCCGCGGCCUUCGCGUCGCCGUCGACGAGCGCGACGUGUCCCUGGACGCCGCCUUCCGCCGCGAUCUGCAGGCCGCGCUCAAGGGCCGGCCCUUUGCCCUCCCCCAGGUCUUCGUCGGCGCUCGGUGGAUCGGCGGCGCCGAGGAGAUCCGGCAGAUGCACGAGGCCGGCGAGCUCGCGAAGAUGCUCGAGGGGGUCGCCCGCCAGGACCCCGCCUUCGUCUGCCACGGAUGCGGCGGGGUCCGAUUCGCGCCCUGCCCGACAUGUAGCGGCAGUCGGAAGGUGUUCAUCGAGGAGGAGAGGAGGCUGCGGCGAUGCCUGGAGUGCAACGAGAACGGAUUGGUACGCUGCCCUGACUGCUGCUAUUGAACUGCCCCCACAAUCUUUAUCUACAUAAAAGACAAUAACGUAUCAAGAACUGAUUACAAGGAAGACAGGAGAAAACAAAUAGGGUUUUCUUCUGUUUUGGAUUGCUCCUAUAUUGUUUUUCUUGAUUCUGUGAAGUUGAUUGCGUUGUGCUUGAGGAGGGAUGCCAUUUGAUUGAGAUGCAUGUGGGAUUUGUGGAUUUCUCCUGUUGCUCGGUGAUGGGUUUUCUUAAAUGCUUUCUGUAGAAGAAAGGAAAAGAACAUAUGGUUCUUCUCGGAGAGUGAUUAUCGAUCAUAAAGCUUGUAUGUGCAUAUACUAAAAUAAGUUGGGUUGUUAAUGUAAAUAUAGUGUUGAUCUAUCAAUGUUAUAUUGAACGGA